AUGGCGAAUACCCAGCUCCCCAUCACACCACAAACCUCAUCCGCAAUCUAUUUCGGCUACGGUUCCAAUCUCUGGCUCCACCAAAUGAGCACCCGCUGCCCAACUUCCAAAUAUCUAGGCGUCGCCCGCCUAUCCAACUACCAUUGGAUCAUCAACGACCGCGGCUACGCCAACGUCGUCGAAUCCUCCAAGCAAAACUCGACCUCCAAUUCUUACUCUGACGUCGUAUUCGGCCUCGUCUAUUUUCUUCUACCAGAAGACGAAAAGAGGCUAGAUAAGAACGAGGGCGUACCAGUCGCAUACACAAAAGAGAUGCUCACAUGCGAUUUCUGGCCUUCAGACACAGAGCACAAGGUUGACACUAGCAAGCAUCCGGAAAAGAAAGAGUCUAUGCUUGUUUAUAUUGAUCGCAAUCGUAUUACGCCAGAUAAGCCGCGGGACGAGUAUGUUUACAGGAUGAAUCAGGGCAUCGCUGAUGCUGUCAAGUUGGGGGUACCAGAGGGCUAUGUAAGAGAUGUGAUGAGGAAGUAUAUUCCAGCCGAGGAGGAUGCCGAGGGGAAGGAGGGGGAGAGGGAGUGGAUGGCAGAGUUCGCCAGAGGGCAAGCGGCUGAGUUCAGGGAUGAGAGUGGUGUAAUCCAAUAA